ACAGGCGGGAAUUGUAUCUGUGCUGAACAGCUCAUGCAGGAUCCCCCAUCGUCACCACGAACGACCAGCUUCUACAAUCAGGCUCUGUUUUAGUCUGUCUAUGGAGCAAUUCCGACAUGUGGGGGAGGCACUGGGAGGUUUCAAGGCUUUGAUGGUUUUCAGAGAGAAUAUUGACUUCAAUCAGAGGCAGUGUUGUUUGUUGCUGGACAUCUUCACAUUUGUAUAUGAUUUGAUUGCUGAGGAGAUUACACAGAACCUGAUAUUCGCGGAGAAGCACACAAAGUGGAAAGUUCUUGAACAGCCAUUAAAAGAGAUUCACAAGAUAUUCAAAGAAGGAGAAGCUUACAUCAAGCAAUGCUUGGAAAGUGAAACAAAGGACUGGCGAGCAAAAGCCAUUGCACUCUACAGGAACAAGGACUGUGUUGAGUUUUACCUCCACAAUUUGCUCUCAUGCAUUCCCAUUGUCAUUGAAGCGAUUGAAUCUGCAGGGGAAAUAGCAGGGUGGGAUCAGGAAGAGAUGGAAAGGAAGAGGCUAAUCAACUCUAACAAGUAUAGGAAAGAAUACAGAGACAUGAGCCUUUUCCAAUGGAAAUUUGGGAAGCAGUACCUCGUUACUCAGGACUUCUGCAACCGUUAUGACACAGUUUGGAAGGAAGAUGGAUGGUUUCUUCUCAAUAAAAUCCGCGAAAAGAAACUGGCAAUGUCAACAAAGUUUGAGAAUCAAUUGACAGAUGUUCUUCUGAAACAGUUAGAAAAAUCUGCGUCAUCGGAUGUGGAGCUACUUCCGAGUUCAAUUUUAGUGGGGUCUAAAGACUACCAGGUGAGGAGAAGACUAGGGAAUGGGAGCAUGUACAAGGAGAUCAUUUGGCUAGGUAAAAGCUUUGCUGCAAAGCAUUUUUUUGGAGACAUAGAAGCAAUGGAAGCAGAGAUCACAUCCCUUCUAUCUCUUUCACACCCAAAUAUAAUUGAAUGCCUUUGUGGAUUUUGUGAUGAGGAGAAGAAGGAGUGUUUUCUGUUGAUGGAACUGAUGAGCAGUAACCUCUGCACACACAUUAAAAGAGUUUAUGGCCCAAAAAAGCGAGUCCCAUUUGCACUUCCUGUAGCAGUUGACCUUAUGCUUCAAAUUGCCAGGGGAAUGGAAUACCUACACUCAAAGAAAAUAUAUCAUGGGGAGCUAAAUCCUUCAAACAUUCUUGUCAAACCCAGAGGUACGUUCACAGAAGGCUACUUGUAUGCCAAGGUUUCAGGGUUUGGCCAAGUACGUUUUAAGAACUUGAAACAAAAAGGGACCUCAAAUGUGAAUGAAACGCUGCCAUUUAUCUGGUAUGCUCCCGAAGUUCUUGAAGAGCAAGAACAGACGGGAGAUACUGUAAACUCCAAGCUUACAGAGAAAUCUGAUGUGUACAGUUUUGGUAUGGUUUGCUUUGAGCUUCUAACUGGCAAAGUCCCUUUCGAGGAUAGUCAUCUUCAAGGGGACAAAAUGAGCAGAAACAUUAGGGCAGGAGAGAGACCCCUUUUCACGUACAGUUGUCCAAAAUAUGUUACUAACUUGACUAAGAAAUGCUGGAAUGCUGAUCCAAAUCAAAGGCCAAGCUUUUCCUCCAUUUGUAGAAUUCUCCGGUAUAUAAAACGGUUUCUUGCAAUGAAUCCUGAUUACAAUAGUCCACUAGACCCACCAGUGCCACCAAUAGACUACUGUGACAUAGAGUCGACACUCUUGAGAAAGUUCCCUUCUUGGGGAAGUUCCGGUGCAUCACCAAUAUAUCAAAUUCCUUUUCAAAUGUUUGCCUAUCGAGUUAUAGAAAAGGAAAAAAUAAGUUUAAGCUCCAAUUAUAAUUCUGAAUCAGGAAGUGAGGCUUCGGCCUGUGGUGAUGAACUUGUUACCUCUGGGGAGGAAUCAUAUCCAUCAAGAACUGACAAGAAGUCUGUAGUUGGGCCUGAUGGUAUGGCUAUGAACAGAAGAUAUCUUUUAUCAAGGAGAUCCUUUGAUGAAAGAUCUAGCAGACAACCAGGUACACCGAAGGCACGAUCUACUUCUGCUAGACCUCCACAGAUGACUUUAUCUGGGCGAAGCUUGAGAACUAAAUCAACAAAUCCAUUGAUGACGCCAAGUCCAAGAAUGAGAAGGACAAACUCUGGUCACGUCUCAGAUUCUGAGCUCUCUCUCUCACGGCACACUACCAAGAGAUUUCCAAGAUGAAAUCCAGGCACCAUGCAGAUAAUCAUAACUCCACUCAUUCGUGAAUCAUGAUUUACUUUGUCGAACGUAAGAAGCAUGAAUUAAAAGGAACUUUUAGCUCGUGAAUAAAUAAAGGGGUUGUGUUGCUUGCUGUAGCCAUCCCUGAUUAGCCAAAAAAAAAAAAGAUAAUUUCUUUAAAUUUCCUUGUCUUUAUCAAUUGAUCAAUCCAAAUAACUAGAGAAGCAGUCCAUGAAAUGCUGAUAAAGCAUAUUUCAAAUUUUGGAGAACUUUGAAGAACUCUUAUAGGUUUUACUCAGCCAUCAAUAUGUCAUUGAUUUAGAGGUUGUGGCAAACUAUGAGGUCUUGUUAGUGCAUCUAGAACUUAGAAGGGACUGAUGAAUAGUGCUAAAAUUCCUUCAGAAUUUUAAAGAAGAUGCUUGUUAGGUAAGUGAUUAAAAAAAAAAAAUUGAUGAAGGGAAUAGAGUUCUAAGAAUUCUAGUGUUGAAAACUCUUCAAAUAGAUGUGCAACGCUGCACAAUUUCAUGUGAUGGUGUUGAGGUAGUAAUUUCAACUCGAAGGAAUUUUAAAGAAGAUACAUGUUAGGUAAGUGAUAAAAAAAAAAAAGUAGAUGAAGGGAAUAGAGUUCUAAGAAUUCUAGAGUUGAAAACUCUGCAAAUAGAUGUGCAAUGCUGCACAAUUUCAUAUGAUGGUGUUGAGGCAGUAAUUUCAACUCCUAGACAUUGAGGAUAAUCGUGCAUUUGC